AUGACGAAGCACGUUGAAAAGGUUGUUGGAGUCGAAAUGGUACCUGAGGCUGUGGAGGAUGCGAAAUUUAAUGUCAAGCUGAAUGUGCCGUGGAGUCCAUCCAAGCGUGAUCAAAGCUAUUCGAAGUUGUGA